AAGCACCACCACCGCAGCCACACUAACGUCAGUCCCUGUGGGGAGCAUUAAGUGUUUUUCGUCGGGCUUGUUUGUCGCUUCCGUUAGGUCUCAGUAUGCGGAACUCCCUGCAUACUGAUGAUGAUGAAGAGGAUGUUGUGAAGGCAGGUUGUAACUGACUGAUCCGCCCGUUCAUCGAGCUGAGAGGCGGGCACACAUUUCACAUCAUUUAUUCAUGCUGCAGACCAGCCAGAGGGAGUAGCUAGCCCUUUUCAGCCGUCGUUUCCUAAUGAUAUACCAUGAUAUAUCAGAAAUAAGUCUGAAUUCAGACUAACACUGCUGCCUCUCUGCCUCUGUGACCGUGGAGGACACCCACCACCCAGGCCGUCAUCAGCAGCUGGUUUCACAGCGGACGUUAGCGGCUAACCAGCUAAUGUAGGCAGGUUUGACAUUUUUUUUUUUACCAUCACAAUGACAAUUGAGGAGCUGUGUUUCGACUUUACACCUGAACGCUCCCAGUUGUGAUGGAAAGGCACCACUGACUCAAGAGGGAACAUAAAUCCUGGAUGCCGUGACAUACGGGACGUUGUCAAUCCAAGAUGGAGAAAAAGAAACCGUGCCCUCGACUUCUAGACUACUUGGUGGUGGUCGGAGCAAGGCAACCAAGUAGUGACAGUGUGGCCCAGACACCUCAACUCCUCCGCCGCUACCCGCUGGAGGACCAUCAUGACUUCCCGCUCCCACCAGACGUGGUGUUUUUCUGCCAACCAGAGGGUUGCCUGAGUAUUCGCCAGCGCAGGGUUAGCCUUCGAGAUGACUCCUCAUUUGUUUUCACGCUGACUGACAAGGACUCAGGAAUCACACGCUACGGAAUCUGCGUCAACUUCUACCGCUCUUUUCAGCGAGGGCAUCAUCGUACUCGCGGGGACAAGAGUGGCCACACGGAGUCCGCGUCACAGGGGGCGGAGACUGCUAGUGAUGGGUCUGAUGGCAGCAGUGGAGGCCCACCUUCCUCCGUGCUAUCGCCACCUAACAAUGCUGAGUCAGCACCUCCGCCUGCCUCUGGAGAAGAGAGCGGACAGCCAGGUGCCGAGCUAAAUGCCGGCAAGUCCCCGCAGCACAGGCGGAGCGCUGCUAAGAUGGCAGCCAGGAACCGCAACAGCACGCUGACCUCGCUGUGCAUACUCAGCCACUACCCCUUCUUCUCCACCUUUAGGGAAUGCUUAUAUAUUCUCAAGAGGCUGGUGGACUGCUGCAGUCAGAGGCUAACUCAUCGUGCCGGGCUCCCUCGCACCACCCAGAGGGACACCAUGUGGCGGGUGUUCACUGGGGCGCUGUCGGUGGAAGAGAAAGGCAGCCAGCUGCUGGCCGACCUGCGGGAGAUUGAAUCCUGGGUGUACCGGUUGCUUCGUUCCCCGGUCCCAGUGGCGGGUCAGAGGCGUGUGGAUGUGGAAGUCCUUCCCCAUGAACUCAAACGGGCGCUCACCUUCGCCCUGCCUGACAACUCUCGCUUCUCCAUGGUGGACUUCCCCCUGCACCUGCCCUUAGAGCUGCUGGGUGUGGAUGCCUGUCUUCAGGUCCUCAGCUGUGUCCUGCUAGAGCACAAGGUCAUUCUUCAAUCCAGAGAUUACAAUGCUUUGUCUAUGAGCGUCAUGGCCUUUGUUGCCAUGAUCUACCCUCUGGAGUACAUGUUCCCCGUCAUCCCCUUACUGCCAACAUGCAUGGCCUCUGCUGAGCAGCUCCUUCUUGCCCCCACCCCCUACAUUAUAGGUGUGCCUGCCAGCUUCUUCCUCUACAAAUCUGAUUUCAAAAUGCCAGACGAUGUUUGGCUUGUGGACCUUGACAGCAGCAAGGUUAUAGCACCCACCAAUGCAGAGAUCCUACCACCUCUUCCAGAGCCUGAAGCAAUCGAGCUCAAGAAACAUCUGAAACAGUGUCUGGUUAGGUUGACCGUGAUCACCCAAAAGCAGAUCUUCUCCUCUGAAAAUAAGGCCUUAGCCAGUAUGAGUUUGAACACCCAACCCAUCCUGAACCUGGAGAAGUUCCAGGAAGUUCAUGAGAUGCCCCUGCUCCCACCUGGACGAGAUAAAGCCUCGCCGUCCUCCACAGAGUUCAACCCCCUUAUUUACGGCAAUGACGUUGACUCAGUGGAUGUAGCCACCAGGGUCGCCAUGGUACGGUUCUUCAACUCCCCAAACGUUCUCCAGGGGUUCCAGAUGCACACCCGCACCUUGCGCCUCUUCCCCCGGCCUGUGGUGGCUUUUCAGUCUACUUCUUUUCUGGCAUCUCGGCCACGACGCUCGAGCUUUGCAGAUAAGCUUUCUCACACCCAGGCUGUUGAGUUCUAUGGAGAAUGGGCUCUCAAUCCUACCAACCUCGCCUUUCAGAGGAUACACAACAAUGUGUUUGACCCCUCCUUAAUCGGAGACAAGCCCAAGUGGUAUGCUCACCAGCUGCAGCCAGUGCUCUACCGAGUGUACGAUGGAAGCUCCCAGCUGGUUGAGGCUAUGGCCGGUCCCUUGGAGGAUGAGGGCAACGACUCAGACCCCACAGACAGUGGCAGUGACAGUGAGGCCUAUGAUGACUCCAGCUCGUCCUAUUCCUCACUUGGAGACCUUGUUAGUGAGAUGAUCCAAGGUGACAUCCAGGGAGACACACCAAACUUGGAUCCGCCUACACAUGCCGCACUGGGAGACGCUAGUGAGGUCGAGUUUCAAGACUUCCAUGACUUCAGGGAAGGUCAGGGCUCGGAUGGUCCACCGAGUGGGGACGGACCUGCCGAACCCUCUGAUGGACAACCUCUUCGCUCAAGCUCCAGCACAACUGCAAGCUCUAGUCCCAGCACGGUCAUCCAAGGAGUCAACCAAGAGCAGGGGGAAGCCCCUUCCAUUGAGGUAUCAGCAGGUGCCGCUUUACAGAACCCUGUCUCCGGAUUGGUCAGUCAGCCAUUCCUCAGACCUACAGCUGACACUGGCCUGGCGGACUCAACCAACAAAAAACAGGAGUAUGACAACCCGUACUUUGAGCCUCAGUAUGGCUUCCCUUCAGAGGAUGACCCUGAUGCAGAAGAGCAAGUGGAGUCAUACACCCCCCGAUUCAACCAGAACCUCAAUGGCAACAAGGUACAGCGUCCUUUGCGUCCCUGUAGCCUGAGGCUCCCAGGAGAGUCUGAUGGGGAGGGAGACUCCCACAACAGCUCGCCGAACUCCACCAUUUCCAACAACAGCAAUGAUGGAUUUGGAGGACUCAUGUCCUUUGCCAGCAACCUUUACAAGAACCCCACUCACGUUAUCUCCUGUCUGGCGUCUUCCUCCGACUGGACGGCUCGGUUCAGCUUACUCAGCACAAACACACGAAGCUGCUCGUUCUCCAACAGACGGCGUACUUUCUUCAUGUUGAGCCAGCCGACUCCCUGCCCGUCCAGAACGCUCUGCACCACUUCCUUCAAGAACUGCUGGUUCUCACUGAAGCAAACAACACGGUUUCAGUCCCAUUCAGCAUAA